CGGUUCUCCCGCGGAACGAGAAAGGGUAGUGUGGGAUUCCUCUGGGAAUUUACGGAAUAAACAAUAAAGAUGGGAGCUUUCUUAUUUUGACCAUUUAGGAGGAAGAGGGAAGGAGGAGUUGUUCAAAUCCGAAGGCUUCCAUCGUCUCUUCUUCUUCUUCUUCUUCUUCUUCUUCUUCUAUUUUAAGGAUCUCUUCCUUAUCGUUCAAGGGAAGUAGAUCUCGAGAAAAUGCCAGAAGUUCAGUUGGGUGCUCAUACUAUAAGAUCCCAUGGAACCAAAGUCAUGAGGUUUCACAUGCAUGAUUGGAUUAUACUUGUGCUUCUUAUCAUCAUAGAUGCAGUGUUGAACAUUAUAGAACCUUUCCAUCGUUUUGUGGGUAAAGACAUGAUGACUGAUUUGAGAUACCCGAUGAAAAGCAACACUGUGCCCUUCUGGGCUGUCCCGUUUCUCGCAAUUUUAUUGCCUUUCGUAAUAUUUUCUGUCAUCUACUUCAAAAGGAGGAACGUAUAUGAUUUGCAUCAUGCUGUAUUGGGACUUCUUUUCUCUGUGCUUUUAACUGCAGUGCUUACCGAUGCAAUUAAGGAUGGUGUUGGGCGACCUCGACCGGACUUCUUCUGGCGCUGUUUUCCCGAUGGGAUAGAUAAAUAUGAUAAUUUCACUACGGGUGUUUUGUGCCAUGGAGAGAAGAGUGUGAUCAAGGAAGGGCACAAGAGCUUUCCAAGUGGCCAUUCAUCAUGGUCUUUUGCUGGACUGGGGUUUCUUGCUUGGUAUUUGGCAGGGAAAAUCCGGGCAUUUGACCGUAAAGGUCAUGUUGCAAAACUUUGCAUUGUGGUUCUUCCUAUACUUGUGGCAGCCCUUGUGGCAAUCUCCCGAGUUGAUGAUUAUUGGCAUCAUUGGCAAGAUGUAUUUGGUGGUGGCCUUUUAGGAUUGGUGGUUUGCUCAUUUUGCUAUUUGCAAUUCUUUCCACCACCAUAUGAUAUGGACGGUUGGGGUCCUCAUGCAUAUUUCCAGGCGUUGGCUGACGCAGGGACAAAUAAUGCCCAGGUAUCUGCAGUGACGAACUCCAUUCAACUCAGGCAGGCGGAGAUGGAAACAGUUUAUGCUUCAUCAGAGCGUCAGAAUGAGCUUUGUUGCGAGAGACACAAGCCGAAUCCUAGAUGCAUUGGAAGCUGGUCGAAGACAUUAACGCAUUCUGUAUCUCAAAUACUGAUGUAUUAGGAAGUGAACUGGAUUUUUUUGUUUGUGGCAUGUUUGUUCAGAUAUAUGCCUUUGUGUGUAUAUAUAUAUGAGCUUGAGAUAGAGUGAAAAUUAUUUUUAUUCCAGUUGUAUCAUUCUUUUUGCUGAAUCUUUUUCUCUUAUUGUAUAAUUGAAAUGCUCUUUGUACUGCUUUUCUGCAGAACCAGUAUGUGAUUUU